CUUUGUUCCCGGCUCAUGCUUUCCCCGCCAAUGGGCCCUGAAAGCCUACUGCUGCUACUACGGAGCUAGGCAGUCACUAUCUCAGCUCUACGAUGUCCGUUCCUCCGCUAGAACCUUCCCUGAGCGACUGAGGUCUGCAACAGGGUUGCUCAUGAAGGUGUUCUUUUUAAGACAAUUAAAAAACAGUGGAAUGGAAAGAAAGUGCUUCAGACGCCCUGGCGUAGGCCCAUCAAAGCUGUACACAUUCAUCCUAGGUGUUGUAUUCAUUACUUUAAGUUCAAGUCGCAUCUUACUGGUAAAAUAUUCUGCCAAUGAAGAGAACAAGUAUGACUAUCUCCCUACUACUGUGAACGUAUGCUCAGAGCUGAUGAAGCUGAUUCUCUGUGUAUUUGUGUCAGUCUGUGUUAUAAAGAAAGAGGAUCAUCAAAGUAGACAUUUGAGAUGUACUUCCUGGAAGGAAUUCUCAAGUUUCAUGAAGUGGUCCAUUCCUGCCUUUCUCUACUUCCUGGAUAACUUGAUUGUCUUCUAUGUCCUUUCCUAUCUUCAGCCUGCCAUGGCUGUUAUCUUCUCAAAUUUUAGCAUUAUAACAACAGCUCUUCUAUUCAGGAUAGUGCUGAGGCGGCAUCUGAACUGGAUACAGUGGGCUUCCCUCCUGAUUCUGUUUUUGUCUAUCGUCGCCCUCACUGCCAGUACCAAAACUUCGCAGCAUAACUUGGCAGGACAUGGGUUUCAUCACGAUUCCUUCUUUACCCCAUCCAAUUCCUGCCUUCAUUUUAGAAGAGAAUGCUCCCAAAGAGACAAUUGUACAACCAGGGAGUGGACUUUCACCGAUGUCAACUGGAACACCACAGCCAGAGUUUUUAGUCACAUCCGUUUGGGCUUGGGCCACAUGCUAAUUAUAGUUCAGUGCUUUAUUUCUUCAAUGGCCAAUAUCUAUAAUGAGAAGAUCCUGAAGGAGGGGCCACAGCUCACCGAGAGCAUCUUCAUACAGAAUAGCAAGCUUUAUUUCUUUAGCAUUGUUUUUAAUGGGCUGACCCUGGUCCUUCAGAGCAGUAACCGUGACCAGAUUCAGAACUGUGGGUUUUUUUAUGGCCACAAUACAUUUUCACUGGCCCUUAUUUUCGUAACUGCCUUCCAGGGCCUUUCAGUGGCUUUUAUCUUGAAAUUCUUAGAUAACAUGUUCCAUGUCUUGAUGGCCCAGGUGACAACUGUCAUCAUCACAACAGUGUCUGUCCUAGUCUUUGAUUUCAGGCCCUCCCUGGAAUUUUUCCUAGAAGCCCCAACAGUCUUCCUCUCCAUAUUUAUUUAUAAUGCUAGCAAGCCUCAGAAUCUAGAGUGUGCGCCUAGGCAAGAAAGGAUCCGGGAUCUAAGUGGCAAUCUUUGGGAGCGUUCCAGUGGGGAUGGAGAGGAGCUGGAAAGACUGACCAAACCCAAGAGUGAUGACUCAGAUGAUGACGCUUUCUAAUCAUCCCUACUUGGUUGACAGCUCCCACAAACUGUGUGAGCAUUUACAGCAUCUGUGACAAUUGUCUUUUCUGAUAAACUGAUAUUUGAAAACAUAAUACUCUUUACAUGUAUCUAACCACUGCAUAAACAACUCCAUCCAAGACUUAGAACAGCCACAGGGUGGCAGGUUUCUGAGACAUGAACAUAAGACUAUGAAUAACCCAGUAUUUGAGUCAACAAGACAUAUUUGCAGAUUGUUUUCCUCAUCUUCCAGGUUCCAGAAAUCAUGUUAACUAAACAUUACCGGUGUGCUAAUGGAGACAGUUUGCCAGAUAUCCUAAUUAGGAUACAAGUCAUUGUAUCUUUCUGUUUGCUUCGGUCUCCUCUCAUGUCUCUCUGUCUCUGUCUCUUUUUCUCUCCCCGCCUCUUCCAUUUUCCCUUCCACCCUCUUAUUGUUAUAAAUAUUGUCUAGGUUGUCUUUCAGAUUGCAAGGCCUUAGCAAUAGUCAUUUUGCUUUUAUUAAAGCAAUAAGACUCUAAAAGUUUGGACUGAGACCUGAGUUAUGGCUGUGCCAUAGAAUGUGAAUAACAUCCUUUGUGAUAUUUUAAAGUUAUUCUUCUGAGACAAAAUAUCAAAUUUUGAUUGUUUUUAGAAUUUAUGAGAAAUUUUAUUCUUAAUAAUUAUCUUUUUUUAGGCUUUAUUUAUAUAAAUGUUGGUUGCCAAGUUAUCAUACUUAUCCCUUGUAUGUUAAAUCACCUAAGCCAUUGUGGAUUUUUGCUUUAUUUUAAUCAUCUUCCUCAGUUAGUAUAUUUACAAAAUCUUGGCAUUAUCACCUUUUUACUCUGUUGAGAAUUAAGUUGUUUUACUUUUGAGUUACUAAGUACAGCUUGUAACUGUUAGCUAUUUUUGUAUAGUAUCCUGUCCUAAAAGUCAAGACCCUGCCUUUAGGACUCCUUUAUAAGAACCCUUUUGUAAAAACAAUAAUGACUUUAAUGAAGCAGAGUAGUGUGUCUCUAACAGAGGGCCAGUAAUCACCUCCUACAAUAGUUCAUACUUACAAGUACAUGGUAUUUUUCAAGAUAUGUUUGCAUGCAGCCAAUUGACUCUUCAUUGACAGGUCAUUAAAAAGUAAGAAAAUAGAGUGGUUUGUCCCAGGUCUUAUAGCUGGGUGGUGAUUGAAGCAAACUUUAAGCCUGUGUGUUUACAAAGUCCUAUAUUUGUAAAUGUGAAUUAUAAGCUACCAUGCAGUUUGCACAUUCCUUCAAAUUUCUGUGUAUUUAUAUAUAAGAAGUUACUAUCAUUAAAAUCCACCUGUCUACCCAGAACAAUAUAAUUGGCAAUAAUUGCUAAAAUUUUUUAAUUAAAAUAAUUACUAAACUUA